AUGCCCCAAAAAGAAUACCACAACCAAGCCACGUGGGAGUCUGGAGUAGCCUCAAUGAUGCAGAACAAGGUGUAUGACAUCUGUGAUGAAGGUCACAGUGGCGUAAACCAGCUUGGUGGUGUGUUUGUUAAUGGUAGACCGCUGCCGGAUUCCACCAGGCAGAAAAUAGUUGAACUUGCGCACAGUGGUGCUCGGCCCUGCGACAUAUCCAGGAUACUUCAGACCCAUGAUGAAGUCCAAGUGCUGGACAGUGAAAAGGUAUCCAACGGCUGCGUGAGCAAAAUCCUGGGCAGAUAUUAUGAAACUGGCUCCAUAAGACCGAGAGCAAUAGGCGGCAGCAAACCCAGGGUCGCCACUCCGGAGGUGGUCGCAAAAAUCGCGCAGUACAAGCGGGAGUGUCCGUCUAUCUUCGCGUGGGAGAUCCGUGACAGACUCCUGUCGGAGGGGAUCUGCACCAACGACAACAUCCCCAGCGUGUCAUCGAUAAACAGAGUCCUCCGCAACCUGGCUAGUGAAAAGCAACAGAUGGGCGCAGAUGGCAUGUAUGACAAGCUGAGAAUGCUCAACGGUCAGACAGGAACUUGGGGGACCCGGCCCGGCUGGUACCCCGGAACAUCAGUGCCAGGGCAGCCCAACCAAGAUGGUUGCCAACAACAAGACGGUGCAGGAGAAAACACAAACUCCAUCAGCUCGAACGGAGAGGACUCAGAGGAGACACAGAUGCGUCUGCAGCUCAAGAGGAAACUACAGAGAAAUCGCACUUCAUUCACACAGGAGCAGAUUGAAGCCCUGGAAAAAGAAUUUGAAAGAACUCACUAUCCAGAUGUGUUUGCACGAGAGAGACUAGCAGCGAAAAUCGACCUGCCAGAAGCAAGAAUACAGGUCUGGUUCUCAAACAGAAGAGCAAAGUGGAGGCGAGAGGAGAAGCUGCGGAACCAGCGCCGGCAGGCCAACAACUCCUCCAGUCACAUCCCUAUCAGCAGCAGCUUUAGCACCAGUGUGUACCAGGCCAUCCCACAGCCAACUACGCCGGUGUCCUUCACCUCGGGGUCAAUGCUGGGUAGACCUGACUCUGCACUCACAAACACCUACAGUGCACUGCCCCCCAUGCCCAGCUUCACCAUGGCAAACAAUCUACCUAUGCAACCCAGCCAGACCUCCUCUUAUUCCUGCAUGCUGCCUACCAGUCCGCCUGUGAACGGGCGGAGCUACGAAACAUACACGCCCCCUCAUAUGCAGGCACAUAUGAACAGCCAAUCAAUGACCACUUCUGGUACCACCUCAACAGGACUCAUCUCUCCUGGAGUGUCUGUCCCUGUCCAAGUCCCAGGCAGCGAGCCUGACAUGUCUCAGUACUGGUCAAGACUACAGUAG